AAAUAUCACUUCCAUAAUAUUGUACAAAUUAGACUUGUGGUUUUAGAUUUUCGUUCUUCGUAUUUGUCCAUUAGGAAAUUAGAAAGCUAGUUCGCUAGGUAGCUAACGUUAGCUACAGUACAUUAGCUAGCUAGUUGGGAGUUGCUGCUGUCACAUUUGGGUGGGUAACGUUAUUCAUUAGUCGUAUUCCGUUGCAAAACGUUUACUCCAAACAUGAAUUGUUUGCAAUGAAAACGAGAGUUUCUAUUGGACAUAUUCAGUAAAGGCCUCGUCUCGUUCUGUUUGAUUCCUAGAGUAAACGGUUUUGCAACGGGAACCGACUAAUUUACCCCCCCAUCAUUUAGUCUACGUUACAGACUAGCUCCUUAGUAAUAUUCACGUCUAUUUUGUUGUUGGUAGCUAUCUAGUAACAUUAUACGAACAAUGUAGUAUGAAAUAGGUUUUACAACCCGUCUAGCCUACAUAGUGAGAAGCUAGCUAAGCUUAGCCAAGCAGUUGUGCUAGCUGCUAGGCCAUCAGUGUACACGUCAAAGCAAGACCGUCAUUGAUUGUUGUCAUCAAGCCACAGCCAACAAACAUCCAGCUUUUACCAUCCAAGCCACAGAAUGACUCAUUGGUUCCACCGAAACCCAUUGAAAGCAACUGCACCUGUUUCCUUCAACUUCUAUGGAGUUGCUGGUAGCCCAUCAGCAAAUAAGAUAUGCAAUGACUUGAGGACAUCGAGGGCCAGACUCUUGGAGAUGUUCACAGAUACCACCUGCGAUCCUGAGAUCAUGAAAAAUGCCACAGAUACUUAUUUCUCACUCUUACAAGGAUUCAUUGCAUCUCUGGAUGGCACCAAACAAGAGAACAAGCUUCGGUUCAUGCAGAACUUCAAGUGGACUGACACUUUGCAAGGAAACACCCCAAGUGCCCAACAAGAUGCUAUUUUUGAGCUGGUCUCCAUGGCCUUCAAUGUUGCAAUUUGGCACACCAAGUUUGCCUCAAGACUUGCAGGAAAGGAAAAUGUAACUGAGGUAGAAGCAAAAGAUGUCCACAGGAGCCUGAAAUUUGCUGCUGGGAUUUUCAAGCACCUCAAGGAGGUCCACAUCCCCCGCCUCAUCACCCCAGCGGAGAAGGGCCGGGACCUAGAAUCCAGAGUCAUGGACACCUACAUGGUCCAGUGCAAAGCAGAGGCACAGGAAGUGACGAUUGCCAGAGCGAUUGAACUCAAGCAUAACGCCACUCUCAUUGCAGCCUUGGCCUUCGAGACCGCAAACUUUUACCAGAAAGCUGACCACACACUGAACACCCUGGAACCAGAGUGCAGCAGUAAGUGGAGGAAGUACCUCCAGCUGAAACAGCACUUCUACAUGGCCUAUGCAUAUUGCUACCAUGGACAAACUCUCCUCGUGAGCGACAAGUGUGGCGAGUCAAUAAGAUCUCUCCAAGAAGCAGAAAAGUGCUACUCCAAAGCCGAGGCUCUGUGCAAAGAGUACCGUCAGACCAAAGGGCCGGGUAGCACAGCCAAGCCUUCUGAGCAGCUCUUCUUCACCACGCUGAGUGGCCUGAUCAAAAAUACAUUGCAGAAGUGCGAGAGAGAAAAUGGAUUCAUAUACUUUCACAAGGUCCCGGCCGAGGUGCCCCAGCUAGAGCUGAAGGCUAGCUAUGGCCUGGCCGAACCAAUAUCCUUUGAGUUCCCAGCCCUCAGCGAGCAGUGCACCCCUGAAGUCUACACCACUUUUGACCUCACCAAGGGGGCCAAAGCUGAGAAUGCCAAACCCAAGCAGGAAGAAGAGGUUAAGCCAAUGAAGGAACCAGAUUUGAAGCCUCAGAAAGAUACAGGCUGCGUCAUAUCAUAAACAGAGAUGACCGGGGGGGGUGACAAGGACAAGAAAAACAUGACUGUAUGGAUUUAUUAAUGCAUUGGUUUGUUUUAUCUGUAGUGUUUUUAUGAUCAGUGAUUUACAGUAGCAUGACCAUCUGUUGUAGUUCAUUUUAUACAUAGUUGUUUUCUAUUUUUUUAUGUUCAUGAUCAAAUAUUAUUGGGUCAGACUUUAUAUUUGAAAUGCUCUCUCACUAGUCCUGUUGGGGAUUUUGGAUCUUUAUUUAUUGCUGUCAUUUAAGAAACGGACAAUUAAUAUAGUAAGAACUUAUAACACUCCACGAUGAAUAUCCAAUAAUUUGUAGAAAAAAUCGUAUGUUUUCAAUUUUAUUUUUCAAUCGCUGAGAUUCUCUAAUUGAAUCACAGUUUUCUUGCAACUGAAAGGACACUGUAUAUACAGGAUCACAUUAUUCAUACACAAGGCUAGUCAUUGCUGGGUAUGACCUGUAUUUAUGAUAAUAACCAUUGUUUAAUAUUCCCCUCUUUAUUGGAGACUUGAGGACUAGGCGGUGCUUGUAUUGGGUCAGAAUAACCUGAACAAUGCCGGCUGUUCAGUAGGAACAUGGAAUAACAUCUGGGAAGUUCUCCGGAAAGCUCGAUGUUCUGAACGUUCUAAGUAGAAAUGUCACGCAUGACUACUCUGCACGAGAGAGGAGCAGGCCUGUUUUACAUGAAACCUUUGAACGUUCCAUAACAUUGUGCCCUAUGGAAGGUGAUGUAGGUCUUCCUGACGCUAAGAAAACUGUUGUUAAAAAAAAUAAAGAAAACUCAGACUAGUGGCCAUGGUUGCUGUUCUGAAGGAUCGGUGUCCCGCUAGCGGGACAACUUCCAGUGAAACUGGAGGGCGCGCAAUUCAAAAUAUUUUUCCACCAGCACAGGUUUCAUACGUUCACAUAUAACG